AUGCCUUAUAGUAAUGAUAACACGUUAUUAGCGAGCGUUCCUCAAACCGCUAAGAAACAUGCUUCCAUAGUCGAAUUAUUAUCUACUCCACCUCAGCUUCCCAGGGUCCAUCCAUCGCAACAACAGAUACAUUACUCUCAUAAUGUGAACACAUCUCGUCGACAAACAACUAAUACUGUAUUGACUGACCAAGAGGAUGAGCUCAACUUAUCUAGAAGUUUCAGCAACAACUCCAAUCUCUCUUCAUCAAAUACCUCCAUAUCAUCUAUGUCAUUAAAUAGUGACUCCAAACUAUCUAAUAUUAACCAUGAUCAGUUUACUUCCCUUCCAUUUCUACAAAAGUCUCCAUCUCAAGGCCUUCAUACAGUUCAUUUGCAAAAAUGGCAACAUAUACAAUUAUCAAACUUAAUCGAGUCGAAUAAACUUAUAUUUAUAAACAACGGUCUAUUGGUAGAACAAGCUUUCAAUAAAUUGAUCAAACAUCAAUUAACAUCAUUACCUGUUCAGUUUGAUACGGAUGAUAUAAACAACGUGUCUUCGUUCGACUAUAAUGAUUUAAAUUCCUAUCUACUGUUGGCAUUAAAUAAAAUAGAAAUUCCGAAUUUUAAAGAGCUUGAAAAUCCAAUCAAAGUUGGAGAACUAAUCAAACUUACUCCAAAAAAUCCAUUUUAUAAACUUUCAGAAUUAGAAAAUUUAUCAAAUGUAAUCAAUAUAUUAGGUUCUGGUGUCCAUCGUAUCGCCAUUACAAAUAAAGAAAUGACCCAGAUCACAGGUAUAUUAUCCCAACGUCGUCUGGUUAAAUAUCUUUGGGAUAAUGCAAGAUCUUUCAAAGAUUUAGAACCUCUUUUCAACUCUAGUUUAAAAGAUUUGAAUAUUGGUUCAAUGAACAAUUUUUCGAAAAUUAUAUCAAUACAUGGGGAUGAACAAUUAAUAAUGGCCUUACUUAGAAUGCACAACGAAAAAAUUUCGUCCAUUGCAAUCGUGGAUUCUUCAAAUACUUUAAUCGGUAAUAUCUCUGUGACAGAUGUCAAACACUUAACAAAUACCUCACAAUAUCAUUUACUAACAAAUACCUGUCGUCAUUUCAUUUCGAUAAUUUUAAAUAAAAGAGGUCUGGAAAAUGGGGGCAAGGACUCUUUCCCAAUUUUCCACGUUUAUCCAUCUUCAUCACUAGCUAGAACGAUAGCCAAAUUGGUGGCUACAAAAUCACACAGAUUAUGGGUUGUAAAACCAUCCAAUGAAAGUGAAGAAUCGAUAGACUACGAUGGCAAUAAGAAAAAAACAGGUAAAUUAGUCGGUGUAGUCUCAUUAACUGAUAUUUUAAAUAUUCUCGCUAGAAAGCAGACUGAGCAUAAAGAAAUUGAUCCUCAUUUUGCAAGAAAUCAUAGAUAG